AUGCAGGGAGACCGGGUGCUGCUAUUGUUCUUGUUGGGUCUCAGGAUACAACUCUCCUUUGGUGUCAUCCCAGUGGAGGAAGAGAACCCAGUCUUCUGGAACCAAAAGGCAGCCGAGGCCCUGGAUGCUGCCAAGAAGCUGCAGCCCAUUCAGACAUCAGCCAAGAACCUUAUCAUCUUCCUGGGGGACGGAAUGGGGGUGCCCACAGUGACAGCCACCAGGAUCCUAAAGGGACAGUUGGAAGGUCAUCUAGGACCUGAGACACCCCUAGCCAUGGACCGCUUCCCAUACAUGGCUCUGUCCAAGACAUACAACGUGGACAGACAGGUCCCAGAUAGUGCAGGCACAGCCACCGCCUAUCUCUGUGGGGUCAAGGCCAACUACAAGACCAUUGGCUUGAGCGCAGCUGCCCGAUUCGACCAGUGCAACACCACGUUUGGCAACGAGGUCAUCUCGGUGAUGUAUCGUGCCAAGCAAGCAGGAAAGUCUGUGGGAGUGGUGACCACCACCAGGGUGCAGCACGCCUCCCCAGCUGGCACCUACGCGCACACGGUGAACCGUGACUGGUACUCGGAUGCAGAAAUGCCUGCCUCGGCGCUGCAGGAGGGCUGCAAGGACAUCGCCACACAACUUGUCUCCAACAUGGACAUUGAUGUGAUUCUCGGUGGAGGUCGCAAGUUCAUGUUUCCCAAGGGGACACCAGACCCUGAGUACCCAAAUGACACUGCCCAAAAUGGAAGCAGGCUGGAUGGACAGAACCUCGUACAGGCGUGGCUAGCAAAGCACCAGGGGGCCCGGUAUGUUUGGAACCGCACGGAGCUCAUUCAGGUGUCCCAGGACCCCACAGUGACUCACCUCAUGGGCCUCUUUGAACCAGCAGAAAUGAAAUAUGACAUCUACCGAGACCCUACCCAGGACCCCUCCCUGGCGGAGAUGACAGAGGUGGCCGUGCGCAUGCUGAGCAGGAACCCCCAAGGCUUCUACCUCUUUGUGGAAGGGGGUCGUAUUGACCAAGGCCAUCAUGCGGGCACAGCCUACCUGGCAUUGACUGAGGCCGUCAUGUUCGACUCAGCCAUUGAUAAAGCGGACCAGCUCACCAGUGAGCAGGACACGAUGAUCCUUGUCACUGCUGACCACUCCCACGUCUUCUCCUUUGGUGGCUACACACUUCGGGGGACCUCCAUCUUCGGUCUGGCUCCACUCAGUGCUCUAGACGGCAAAUCCUACACCUCCAUUCUCUACGGCAACGGCCCGGGCUACGCUCUUGAUUCAGGAGACCGGCCCAAUGUCAACAGUACUGAGAGUGGUGAGCCCUCGUACCGGCAGCAGGCGGCUGUACCGCUGUCCUCAGAGACCCACGGCGGGGAGGACGUGGCGAUAUUCGCGCGUGGCCCGCAGGCACACCUGGUGCACGGAGUGCAGGAGCAGAGCUACAUCGCACACGUCAUGGCCUUUGCAGGCUGCCUGGAGCCCUACACCGACUGCGACCUGGCGCCCCCUGCCGGCCAGAGCCCCACCACCCCGGGCCAGACCACCACCACCCCGGGCCAGAGAGAGACUGCAGUUACAAAUAGUGCAGUCGGCCAGGCCACUGUCUUGCUGUCCCUGAAACUGCUGGUCAGCACACUGCUAUUACUAGGGACCGUCAUGGUGACAUCCUGA